AUGCAAAUGCAAUGGGUAAAAAAGGCCGACGACUUCACAAACGUUGACAAAGAAAAAAGCGAAAGGAGCGGGCGAUAUUUUCAGCGUGAAUGGUUUGAAAGUUAUGAGUGGUUAGUUUACAAUAGGGAAAAGAAUAAAGCGUUCUGCAAAACUUGUACUACCUACUACAAUGACGACACGCAUAAAGGAGUAUUUGGCAACUAUGAAGCCGGAUUUGGAAACUGGAAAAAAGGGCUGGAGAAGUUUAAGGAACACCAAGAAA